AUGCUCUGUGUUCGAUCAAACCUCCUGUGGCGACGCUCGCACACGCUACUGAAAGCAGCGAGAACCACCGUUUCUCCUCGAUUUCUCCACACAACAUCGUCGACCGAGAAGGAAGAAUCAAUCUCGAGCCAGGUCACAGAGCGAGCCACCGUUGCCGAUUUUCUUGCUGGAAAUGCCACGGCUCGUAACAGCGCUGAGUAUGUUGUAUCUCGCCUUGAUGACCUCGUCAACUGGGGACGUAAGAGCUCGAUCUGGCCUCUUUCUUUUGGUCUCGCUUGUUGUGCAGUCGAAAUGAUGCAGUUUGCUGGUUCGAGAUACGACAUUGAGCGCAUGGGAAUGGUGUAUCGAGGUUCUCCUCGCCAAACAGACGUCAUGAUCGUGGCUGGAACACUGACCAACAAGAUGGCACCGGCCAUGCGUCGCGUGUACGAUCAGAUGCCCGAGCCACGCUACGUCGUCUCCAUGGGCAGUUGUGCCAAUGGUGGUGGCUACUACCACUACUCGUACGCUGUGGUGCGUGGUUGCAACCGUAUCGUGCCAGUCGACAUCUAUGUUCCUGGGUGCCCACCAACGGCUGAAGCACUUCUCUUUGGACUCAUGCAACUCCAGAAGAAGAUCAAGGGGAACAAGUCCCUGCUACUAAAGGUGAGGAAGUAG